UGCAUCUCCUUAGUUAUCAUUCUUGUAAUCUCUGCCUCUCUAUACCUCUCGCUCUCUUGAAAAUGAAUAUGCCUGCAGAGUCUAUUCUAUCAUUGACGUUAAAGAUAAAGAUCUGCACAUUGUUUUUCUCACUCACAAUCUCUCUUUCUCUUGUAGUUGAACAGUGUGAGUAAUUUUCUGGAAUCUAUCAAUGAUUAUUUGCACCAGAAACAAGCCCUUUCUGUUGCUGCUCAAAGGAUAGAGGGAUACAAGAUAGAAGGUCUGAGUGAAGAAAUAGACAAGCAUGUUCGUGAGUUGUGCUGCUUUGAUUUGACGAGCCCAAUGAGGGGGGUUGGACCAAAUGUCACACGGAAGCUAUUACUGGAAGAAACUUUGAAGGUCAAAACAAGAAAGGACAGUAAGGAGCUUGUGGUCCUGCUCUUCAAUGAUGUGUUGUUGAUGACCAAAAUGCAGAAGAAAUCAGAUAAGCUGAAGGUAGUGCGCCCCCCUCUGCCUCUGGAGAGAAUACACUGCAUUGAGCUCAAAGAUGGCUAUUCGUUUGUGCUGGUAGAGGUUGGUGAUCUAGGUUGUGCUGUUAGUGUGAACUUUCUGUCCACGCCUAGUCCAGACAGCUACACGUCAUGGGUGUCUACUCUGCGUGAGACUCAGGCAGCAUUAGAGAUGUUGAGGAAAAAUGAGAUCAACAAAACUCUGAAGACCACAAGUAAGACAGAGUUAGUUGAAUCAGAGAGACCUCCCAUUCAGAAUGAACUGGCUGACAAAGUCAUAGAGGAUCCUGGUGGCCAGUCAGAUAGUGACAGAUCUCAUAGUGAUUUUGAACCAGCUGAGUGUGUGAACAGAUCUAGUUUUCAUAGUAGCAGGUCUGAGACAGAUGUGGAGACAGACCUGGAGCAAAGUAAAAUUCAACAGCCGGCAGAGGAUAAAAACUCUUCACUGAUUGGUCAUCGGAAUGAUCAGAGCAAAUCAGAAGGGAGAAACAGGCAGUGGGAAGGGGAGGAGGCCCCAUUUAAAAAAAUAACAGAAAGGCGAGUUACAUGGAAACAUAGACAACAAUCUAAUGAAAUUACCAAACAGGACUUACUUCUGAGAAAUGGACAGGUGUCAGGUGGUCAUGUGGAGAAAAAUGGCAUUUCUAGCCAAUCCAUGCCAAGCACUUCUUCAUCAAACAAGCCUCUAAUGACUACAUCAACAUAUGGGGCAAGUGUAGAAACAGGAACACCACAUCUGGAUCCAUAUAAUGACUCUCAAGAAAUCAGGAGGAGCUCUUUGUGCAGCCAACCAGAAGAUGACAAUGGGUUCCUCACAGAAUCAGGGAGGUUCAUCAGGAAUGUGAAGUCUCCUCGCUUACGGAGGAGGAAUCCGAAUAAUUUGCAACCAUCUAUCCCCUCUGAUAGUUCCAAGAAAGUUGCGAAUGGAUUGGAGCUUACUCCCAGUACAAACUCCAAUGGGAACCAGAGAAGAGCAUCCAACCCUUGCAUUAAAGUGCUAAAGCUGGGAUCUCUAAAAAACAACGCUGAAGCGUUAUGGAAUGUUCCUGAAAAGAGAUCGUCACAAGAUCCUGAAACGCUCUCUGAACCUGAGCAGACACCUGAUGGGAACCGUCAAACAAAACCCAAACUAAAGACACAGAGGAGCGCCUCCAUCCCGGAGAUCAGCUCCUUUCAAAGUUCCCACAGACGCAGCCUCUCACCGCCACCAGGCACGGACAACCAGUUUCACCCUUCUCCGCUCCAGGACCUGCUGCAGAGGGCUAAGGAACGGGAAAAGGGACGUGGACUGGGAAAAAGAGUGGGAGAGACAAAAGCAAGGACUUUUCCUCUACAAAAUUCUCCUAUCUCCGCCUCUCCAUCACCAUCUGCCAGUGAAGGAGAGAGAGAGGUAGAAGGAGAAAAUUCAGCAGGACCCAGUAUGAUAUCUGCACAUGGAUGGAUAGAGGGAAACGUGGAUGGAAGUGAGGAUGAGAUGAAAGAUAGCAGCAACGUCAUGGAUGGCGUCAGUGUUGACUGGCCAGGCUGGUGUUUUGACGAUGAGGAGGUAUUCGGUUUUGAGGACUUUGAUGAUGAAGACUGGUUUGAACAGGUUCUGACCACAAAUGAGCUCCGCAGGUCAGAGACGAAAAGAUCAGAGCGGCAAGAUGAAACAGAAUGCAGUGAGGUGUAGCUUUGUCUAGUAUGUAGAUUUAGACUUGUGAAUAGUGUGAAAAGUGUUUGGAGAAAUGUAAUAUAUAAUGGUUCUAUGUUGUUGUUGAAUGAAUAUGUAGCAUGACUAUUAUAGUCAAAUAUAUUUGAGUGAUAUAUAUAUAUAUAUACAGCUUUCACAUUUUUUUAAGAAAAAAAUGAUUA